AGUUAGGCUGGAGUUAAACUUAAACAUACACUGUUUCCGGUUUGACGCGGAGAUGAUAAACUUUUUUUUUUUGCGGAGAUGAUAAACACGCUUGACCUGAGGAGAGGACGUGACACAUUCAGCUCACAAGUUGUAAGGAAAGAGGUUUUGCCUUUGUCAGAGAUGGCUUCCCAGGUCAGCCUGAGGCUGCUGCCCAGCGCCAGAUGUUUGUUUGACGAGCCCAUCCAGGUGAAGGUUGCAGGGCUGAGGUCCAGGCAGGUGGUCACUCUGAAGGCCACGGCGACUGAUGAGAGGGGAGAAGUGUUCACCUCCUCGGCCACCUACAGAGCUGACAGGAACGGGAACAUUGACGUGGACAGAGACCCCUCACUCAGUGGGAGCUACGUGGGGGUGGAACCCAUGGGUCUGCUGUGGUCCAUGAAGGCAAACACUUUGCACAAAUACUUUUUCAAGAACAAAGCUCUAAAUCCACAUGUGGUGAAGUUUUCUGUGCAUGAGGAAGAGGGUAGGAUGCUGGCGGAGGUGACCAAUGAGAGAUGUCUGAUGGGAAAUGGAGUCAGCAGGGUCCCUGUUAAAGACGGGAGUAUUCGUGGGGUCCUGUUUACUCCUCCAGGAGAUGGUCCGUUUCCUGCUGUGCUGGAUCUGUCUACCUUUAUUUCUGAGAAAAGAGCCUGUCUGCUGGCCAACAAAGGGUUUGUGGUUCUGGCUUUAGCGGUGUACAAUGACAAGCCCAACAAUGUCAAAGAGAUGCAUUUGGACUGUUUUGAAGAAGCUGUCCGUUUCCUACAGCAACAACCAAAGGUGGGCAGUAAAGGAGUUGGCGUCAUAUCUCGAUCCAAAGGAGGAGAUAUAGCGCUUUCACUUGCUGCCUUUGUACCAGGUAUUGAUGCUGUGGUAUGGAUUAAUGGCUCCUCGGCCAACAUAGGUGUUCCUCUGUACUAUAAGAAAAGCAAAAUCCUCUCACCAUUACUUAUGGACUUCAGCAAAGUGAUUCUCUUAGACACAGGUGCAAAAAUAAUAAAAUAUGCUGUUAAUGAUCCCCGAAUAGAAGAAAAUAAGGACACCGUGGUCCCUGUUGAACAAGCCAAUGGGCAGUUUCUCUUUGUGGCUUCAGAGGAUGACCUCAACUGGGACAGCAAGGCUUACAUGGACCAAAUGGUGGAGAGACUGAGGCAUCAUGGGAAGAGCAACUUCGAGACUUUAUUUUACCCUAGAGCUGGACAUCUACUGGAGCCCCCCUAUGGGCCAUUCUGUCCCUCUGCUACACAUGGGCUUCUUAGCUUUCAAGUUCAGUGGGGGGGUGAGCCCAGCAUCCAUGUGGCAGCUGAAUUACACCUGUGGAACAAAAUCCAGGAGUUCCUCAAGACUCACCUGAGCUGUGAUACUACGAUUAAACCCAAAUUAUAGAUGCAAAUAGGAAAGUUUAUGAUAACCAUAACAAUGAAGCAGCUUAUCAUGUAAGAUUUGUGUGCCCUUGCAUAAGGUUUGUGUCGGAGUACAGCUGGGCCAUAAAACAAUAACAAUAUAUAUUGCGAUUUAACUUUUUGAUAGAAAUAUGAGACAUGCUCGAUACAAUUUCGAUAGAAUUCAUUCGUCCAUGUUUUGACAGACAUAAGAACAGUCAAUCAUAAUAAAGUACCGCUGCACUGAACCAAUCGCACUAGAGCCACGCAAGUUAGGUUGACGCACACAGCACAGACAUAAGAGCAGCCACAGCACACGCUAAUGUUUGUGCUACAGUGGGAGGUCAUGAGUGUUCCCUCAGAAGAAAAUAUAACUGAGAACUCAGGCAACUGCUCGCCACUGUCACCAGUCACAAGUGUUUGCUCCUGAAGGGUUCUGUUGGGUUUCUGUAAACUGGCUUAGACUCUGGUUUCGACCAACUCGAUAUGCAAGUGUCAUGAGAUAGCUUUUGUUAU